AUGGGCCUCUUCGGGGCCACCCCGCCGCCGAUCCCCGCCUUCAUGGUGAGCGGCGAGGUGGGCGCGGUGCUGCGCGAGGAGAUCGGGCAGGCCCCGCCGGGCGCGCGGAUCGAGCUCGCGGUGCGGAGCGUGCCGGCGGGCGCUGCCCAGAUGCCGCCCCGGCGGCCGCGCAGGCGUGGCCAGGCGGAGCAGCGCACGGACCGCCAGCCGGAGGAGACGCCCGAGGGCGGGCCCCCCGCGCGGCUGUUCGCGGGCAGCGAGGAGGCGCCGCCCGUGUGGCCGCAGGUGGCGCGCAUGGCGCAGGACGUGGCGCAGGCGUGGUCGCUGGUGGAGACCGUGCACCGUGCGGCCCCGAGCGAGAGCCUGGCGGCGGCGCUGACCGGCUUGGCGCGCCGCAUGGGCCUGCCCGACAAGAGGGUAUGGCUCACGAGGUGUCUGCAGCGGUACCACCGCGGGGACACCGCGUCGGACGAGCCAGCCGAGCCGCCCCUGGCGUUCGUCGAGUGCGACCGGGACGGGGAGCAGCUGCCGCAGCUGAGGCGGCAGCUCGCCGAGGGCACCGGGCUCGGCGCGCCCCCCGAGUGCGUCGCCGGCGAGUUCGAGGUGCGCUUCCGGGACGAGUCCUCGGUCGGCAGCGCCGUCGUGCGCGAGUGGAUGGACCUGCUCGCGCAGAAGGCCUUCCUGCCCUCCGCCAGCCGCCUCCUCACGUCCUACGACGGCGGUGCGAGCUUCCUCCCCGACCCCGCCGCGCCCUUCCUCAACGCCGCGUGGCAGGGCGACUUCGAGCUGCUCGGGCGCCUGCUAGGCCUGGCGCUCUGGCACCAGGUGACCCUGGACCUGCCCGUCCACCCCCACGUGUGCGAAAUGCUGCUGCACCAGGGAGAGGCCGAGCCCGCGGACCGAGGGCGCGACUGCGCCCGCCUCGCGCAGAUCGACGAGGACGCGCCCCGGCGCCCGAGUAUGCUGGCUGCUCGCCAACGACGUCUCCUCCCUGGGCUUCGACAUGCC